UUUUCCCCCCAUUAUAUAUAUAGACGAAGUCUUGCACUCAGGACUGUGCACUGGCGAGCUUGGACUUCAUUUGCCUUUCUAGGGUUUCCAUUUCGUGACGCGAUGAGUCGCCAUCCUGAGGUGAAGUGGGCCGAGAGGGCAGACAAGGUUUUUCUUACAGUGUUGUUGCCAGAUGCAAAGAAUCCAAAGGUCAAUCUUGAACCUGAUGGAGCUUUUACAUUCUCUGCUAUAGCGGGAGCAGAAAACCAUCUAUACGAGUUCAAGAUAAAUCUUCAUGAUAAGGUGAACGUAGAGGAAAGUAAAAUAAACAUGGGUGUGAGGAGUAUAUUCUGUAUAAUUGAGAAAGCUGAGCAAGGAUGGUGGAAGAAGCUUUUGAAGGGGGAUGAAAAGACACCACACUACGUGAAAGUUGAUUGGGACAAAUGGGUGGAUGAAGAUGAUGACAGUGGUCCAGCUGACUUGGAUUUGGGAGGGAUGGAUUUCUCGAAAUUUGCCGGCAUGGAGGGAAUGGGUGAUGAUCUCGAAGAUAGUGAUGAUGAAGAUCAAGAAGUGGAAAAACCUGGAGCACAACAAGAAGAAGAAAAGAAGGAAGGAGAAGCUCCGACUGAGAAGGCAGAACCUGCCUCAAGCACAUGAAAAUGAUCCUCGUCAAGAUUUAACUGCAAUCAAUUUCAACUUAUGGGUUGGUAUAAUCAAGGGGAUACAAUUAUGGGACUGGCCAGAUGUGUGUAUUUCUUUGGCAGCUCACUUUCAAUGUUUGUUUUGAUUUGUAGUCCCUAGCAUUUUACUGGUUUGGGGCCAUUAGAACUCUGAUUUUCUAUUUGUUUGCCGGCCAGAUGUACGUUGAAAGAUUAGGAUUCGGAGGUUAACUUACAGCUGGAGAUGGGCAUUUAGUGUGCUUUCCAGUAUCUUUUUAACAUAUUAUCCGUUUGUUCAAUCCGUGAGUGCCUGGUGUGAGGGUUCUAGGCUUCUAGCUCUUAAUUAAGUGGACUAUGCAUUGUUUUA